GCCAUCAUCCAAAGUGGGAAUGCAUGUUGCUAUAAUUAGAUUUUAAAUAUACUAAAGAGUGUAUCCCUAAAGGUUAUAAAUUCAGCUGAAAUUCAAACCAUUUGAAUGUAUAACUACAUUGGAUAUUAUAAAAAGUGAAUGUUUUAAAUAUGAAUAUUUACAUAAGAGUAUGCACAUUUCUAGCUGUUGUUUUAUUUGUUAUUUAUGCUAUAGAUGUUCAAGAUGACAAAAAGAGUAAUUUAGAAGAACUUUUGGUAGACAAUUGGGCUGAGACAUUUGGCAAAGAAUUGUGGUAUUUGGGACAAAAUAUAACUAAAUCUGAUGAGAUAAAAUUGCGUUAUAAAAAAUUAAAUGAAACACAUGUGUUUAGAACAAAUGCUAGUCAGUUAUUGCAAAAUAUAUCGACGGCAAUGAAUCGUAUGAUAAGAUUGAAAAUGACUGCUGUAUCAUGUCUAAUGGAUGCAGCAGAACGUUUAUCUGAAGAAUUUGAAUGGAAAUUCUAUGGAGAUAAUGGAAUUUCUAAUUAUACUUACUAUAAUGCUAAGUAUUCACCAGUUGAAGGUAUUGAUGAUUCUAAUGAUGAAGAUCGAAGCACUCCAAAUAUAUCAUUAGAUUUAGGGAAAACUAUUAUUGAAUUAAAAUUUAAAACAAUGAAUCUGACGAAAAAUGAUCACUUUUAUGGAUUACCAGCUAAUACUGAUUAUAGCGCUGUUUAUUUACCAACAAUAUUAUUUGAAAAGCUUGAACAUGUUCAAAUACCUUUACAAUGGUCUGAACAAUUGGAUGAAGUGUUUUUACAAAAUUAUCGCAGUGAUCCAUCACUCUCUUGGCAAUAUUUUGGUAGUACAGCUGGAUUUAUGCGCCAUUAUCCAGCUUAUAGGUGGUCAGCUAAGCCAAGUGUGUUUGACACACGCCUGAGGCCAUGGUACAUUCAAGCUGCUACUUGUUCAAAGGAUGUAGUUAUUUUAUUAGAUAUAUCUGGUUCCAUGUAUGGCAUGCAUCAAUCAAUUUCUCAGCUUGUAAUUAAAUCUCUUCUAAAGACAUUCAAUAAUGAUGAUUCAAUAAAUAUAAUAUUUUUUAAUACUAGUUUCAAUUACUUAGUAACUUGUUUUAAAGAAAUAUUAGUUCAGGCUACACCUGAAAAUUUGAACACAUUUUAUAAAGCUAUAAUUGAAGAUACAAGAUUAUUGCCUUCUUCUACAGCAAACUACAGCAAAGCCUUUAUUGAAGCUUUUGAACUUUUAUCCAAAAACAAAAAAAACAACAAAUGUUCUGAGGAAACAUGUAAUCAAAUGAUUAUGUUAAUCACUGAUGAUGAUCCUAAUGAAGAACUUUUUGAAGUAGUUAAAAUAUAUAACCGUAUUGAUAAUAAUAAAUUUACAAACAUACCUGUCCGUAUAUUUACUUACAUGAUAGGUCGUGAUAUAACAACAACACCUGAACUUGAACGUCUUGCCUGUGAAAACAGAGGCAGUUUUGCACAUGUACAUUCAAAGGAUGAAGUACUUGAAAGUGUAUUAAAGUAUAUUGCAAUUUUAGCAAGACCAUUAGUGUUACAAGCUGAAAAACAUCCUGUAACAUGGUCUCAUACAUUUAUGGAUAUAUCUGAUCCAUAUGUAACAAGUGCGUUAAAAAAUGCAAUGGAAUUUGAUAAGCAGAAGAAUGAUCUAGCUGCUAAUUUGAAUGAACAAAAACAAUUCCCUAACCAACAUAAAAUGGAUUCAAAGUAUUUAGUGUUGAACUCUGAGAGUAAAGAUGAAGAAGAUGUCUAUCAGGAAUACAGACCAAUGACUGCUAUCUCCAUACCGAUUUUUAAUAAGAAGAGAGAUGAAUUUAACAAGACUAAAGUUAAAGGAGAUUUACUCGGUGUAGCAGGAACAGAUGUACCAAUUGCUGAGUUUGAAAAACUUACACUUCCUUACAAAAUUGGAGUAAACGGCUAUGCUUUUAUUGUUACAAAUAAUGGAUAUGUGCUAUUUCAUCCAAAAUUAAGGCCUGUUGAAGAUGGAAUUCUCAAAGAUAAUCAUAAUAGUAUAGAUUUAACUGAAUUAGAAAUGAUAGAUGAUAAUAAAGAAGAUGAACAACCAAGGCAACCACAUAAAGAUAUAGUUCAACUACGGGAAGCCAUUGUUAAUCACAAACGUGGAUCAAUGGAAAAUUUAAGCAUUAAGUUCCAUUAUGACAAUAUGAGAAGAGUUGGCUCUGAAGUUCGUAAUUAUCAUUAUACUGCAUUAGAUCCAAAAAUUGAAGGCCCAUUUACCCUUGGUUUAGUGUUACCUGCCUCUUAUGGUAAUAAUUGGAUUAAAGCUGGGGAUGAAAUUAAUAAAUCAAUAGGAAGUGAUGAACAAUUUGAUAAAUAUUUUCAAGAUAAAUGGAAAAUUCAUCCAAAUUGGGUGUAUUGUGAUUAUUUUCAUUCAUCAGAACGAAAAUUUGAAAAUCCUGAAGAGAAAUUACUUCAUUUUAUGGAAAAAAUAUUUUCUCCAGAUUGGGAAUGGAGAGAACAGUAUCCAGAUUCAAACUUUGAAAAUAUUUCAAUGGAUGAAUUUGAUAGACGUGAAUGUGAUAGAAAACCAAUAGAUAUAGACGAAUUCUACUGUGAUAAAGAAUUGAUGCAAUUAUUAUUUUUUGAUGCAAAAAUAACACAUGCAUUAUAUAAUUUGACUUGGAAACCAACUACAGAAUUUGAAAAACACUAUGUAGAUCAAUAUAAUGUAAGUGUUAGAUUUUUGGCAACCCAAGGAGGAUUAAGUAGAUGGCAACAUAUACUUGAUCUAGCUGAAGGAGAAUUACAAUUUGGAGAUAUUCAUAAUCGUUCAGUUGAGGAAGUUUGGUACAAGCGUCCAGUACUAUAUCGUAAUUUAAAUCCACAAGCUUUUGUCUUUUCAGUGCCUUUUAAUUCUGGUGAUAAUGAUAAGUUAAAAAUAACAGCUAGUCAUGCUAUAUUUGUUGAGGAUGAAAAUAAUGAAGCACCAGGGUCAGUAGUUGGUUAUGAAAUGUUACACAAAAAGUUUUAUGAUCGUUUUAUGCAAAUAACACAAGCAAAUGAAAUUUGCCCUAGUUGUUUACCAUGUGCAUCUGAUCAUGUUGAUUGUUAUAUAAUUGAUGAAAAUGGAUACGUUGUUUUAUCAGAAAUUCCAGCAGAUACUGGUAGAUUUUUUGCACAAACUGAAUUAAAGAGUACUGGAGUUAUUAUGGAAACAAUGAUUACAAAGAAAAUAUUCAGACGUAUACCUAUGUUUGACUACCAAGCUUUAUGUAAAGAAAGAAUAGCAACUACAAGUGCAUCAUCAUACCUGUUAACACCAUUUUAUGUAGUAUACACAAGUCUUAAAAUGCUAUUAAUGAACUUAGUGUGGCUAUUAAUUGAAGGAAAUUUAGUUCAUGUUUGGUCAAUAAAUGAAGGCAAUGUAGAUGAUUUAACAUUCAAUAAAAAUGCAGAAAAAUUUAAAAUUAUUGAUAUUCCAUGUGAUAAGAAAGCAGAUUUAUUCAUGUUACAACAUGAACACUUAAGUGCUGAAGGAUUCGAUGCACCACCCCCAGCUGGUUCAACUAUAAGGCCAUUUUUUGUAAAACGCAUAGCCCAUUCAAAUUUACUUCUUGUUGUGGUAAAAAAUGCUGAAAGUAGUCAAAGUAAUUUAAGUGUUAACCCAGUUAAAGUAGAAUACAACAACACAUUAGGUAUAGAUCACAGCUGCAACAAAUUGAACCUAAACCCUUUUCAUAGACGCAAAUUAGGUGGAUGUUAUAACAGUCAUCCAGAGGAGCCAAACACUAAAGUGUGUUCCAAAAGUAAUUUCAACAAGUCAACAUUGCUGUUAAUAAUAAUAAUGAGCAUUUUAUGUAUACAAAUGUACAACUAAUUAUUGUAUAACUAUCAGUUAACACUAAUUUGUUAUUCUUAAUUUAAAAACUUACUAUAGACAUAUAUCAUAAAGAAAAAAAUGUUGA